AUGCCCAUUCGAUUGCCCGACUACUACUGGGUCACCCUGUACGCCGUUGAAAGCGGUCAAGGAUCGGCCAAUACAGACUGCAAAUUGCUAAAAGGUAUGAGUAAUGUUCUCAAUCGCCUUCGACGUUGUUGUUUCGGGGCGGUGCUCGAAACAGUACGUCGUCCAGCUAUCCAGAAGCAGUUCUACGAUAUAGAGGAACGCGUGGUGGUUCGUCCAGCUGGAUCAGCAGUGGUCGAACUGGAGCAACCAACUUCGAAGAUCCAAAGGGGACCAGCGUUGAUCCAGCCUCUGUACCCGUAUCAGAUACAAGCUGGAGGACAGUACAACUUCGGCCACUCGACCAUCGCCCCACCACUGGCUCCCUCCAGCCCAGCUCCCAAUGGCGAAGAUAGCGUUGUCGUGGACAACCCCGACUUCCGUAGACUCCAGGACCAGGUUCACAUAUCCAGCCCUCAGGUGAGGACCAGUUCCAACGGAUCACCCAACAACGAGCCAUUCGUUGCCCACGACCCCUCGCCAAGCGUGAUCGUCAGCCCAAAGUCCACCCCCGAGGAGGACAAGAACAACCAGGACAGGCUCCUCGAGCUUCUCACCGCUCGUGGCAACGUUGCCGAGGUGGGAUACGCAAACAACGCUCUCUCGAGGGCCUCGCUGGACGAUAAUGGCCGCGUGAAGGGACGAGUCCUUUCCGCGACACCAGCACCGGACAACGCGGAGCCUGCCAACGAGCGCGUCUCUACUCGUCGCGUCGUCCUCUCCAGGCCGAUUGAGACCUUCCAGGAAGUGAACGUCGUCGAGCCAGCGACGAAGAUCGAGAGAGUCUCCGUCCAGCAACCCACGUUGAUAAAGACCGCUCGUCUGGACCACGUUCAGGUUCACGGUUCUUAUCCCGUCGUUGGAAAGGCGCUCACGCCCACGCUAGCUCACGCCUCGAUUCCCGUUUACCAGAAGACAAUCUCCCCUGCCUACAGCUACUACCAUUAAGCCUAUUUAUCUCCUGCGAUUAUCCUCCGGCUACCGUUAAAAAUAUCGAUUCUUGAUACCGAUGGUUCACGUGUUCCAUGAAUCGAGAUCCGUUUUAUUAGGUUGUCCUAAAAGUUUCUUUCGUGAGUUGCAUUCGAUUAUUUUCUGUGGCAGUGUUUAUAUAAAUAGACGAUCUAAUUUCUUAGACGUUGAUGCUGUAACAGUAGUGGAAUUGUACGCAAUUUUUUAAUGUAACAUGAAACAUAAAAUAUUGUGUAUGUAUUGAUUACUAAUAAAAGGAUAGAUACUUUUGGGACAACCUAAUGAUAAGUAGACCGAUCUUUAUGCGUUCAUAGGAAAUUUAAAUGUGUAUACAUUCCACGUAUAUAUUACACGCGUGCGCCAUUUUUUAUUUGACAUUUGAAUUUAACGUUCGAACCAGGGAGAAAAUUUGAAUCUUGUUUUCUACGAUUUUUGUAAUUUUAUACCGGUUGAAUAUACCUUUUCUACGAAUCUAAAUUCAUGGUAAUAAGUAACAACAAGUGUAACAAUUCCGUAUUCUAAUUUGUAGAUACUACACGCGUGCGCCAUUUUUUAUUUAACAUUUGAAUUUAACGUUCGAACCAGGGAGAAAAUUUGAAUCUUGUUUUCUACGAUUUUUGUAAUUUUAUACCGGUUGGAUAUACCUUUUCUACGAAUCUAAAUUCAUGGUAAUAAGUAACAACAAGUGUAACAAUUCCGUAUUCUAAUUUUUAGAUACUACACGCGUGCGCCAUUUUUUUAUUUAACGUUCGUGCGUCCAGGGAGAAAAGUCGAAUUUAUUUUCUACGAUUUUUGUAAUUUUAUACUGGGUAACGACCCCUUCGGAGUACCCCUGGCAUGCUAGAAUUGUAAUUCGUGUAAUUGACCGAGUGGAAAUUUUUAAUCAAUCUUAUUUUCGAAUUUUGUUUCCCUGUAUACGCCGUUUUAUACACUCCCCUCUAUCGCAUACUUGAAUUUUGUACUAUGGAGAAUAUUUAUAUAUAAAAAAACAGA